GAGUGUGUUUCUCUGUGGACGUGUUAGGUCUAUAAGUGACAGUGCAGUAUGGUGACUAGAUUGCUCGUAUAGUGUAGCCAGGCCUAACCUUGUUAUAUUGUGUUUUGAAAGAGGUAUAAGAACAAGAUGUUUGCUCAGUGAACAAAUAAGUUCGCUGGCCACUAAGGAUAUGAACUGACUGAUAACAUGGAGCAACUGACCCAUUCUAAGUAGGUCCUCAAAUCCAAAACUUCUCUCUCAUAUCCUGUGAUUGUGUCACCUAGUUGUCUUUGUGGAAGCCGAGACUGCUUCUGGCACUACCUCCUAGACUACUUUAAUAGGCACUGCUGAUUUCUAACCUCUUGGCCCCUCUUAUAGUUAUUCUUCAAACUUUGUUCUAAACUUUCCUCCAGUGAUAACAGGAGAAUCUUUCCGUGGACACACAUCUGCAAACGUUAUUUUGGCCCCAGAAAACAUUACUUGAAAGUACGCACAGGGAAAAGUUAUGGUGGAAAAACCAAUCCAGCAUAUAACAGCAGAGGCACACGCCAUGCUGGGUUCCUUUUUGUGCUCUCAGCAACGAAUAACCCAUAUGGGUUCACCUUGGAAUAUAAUAACAAUCCACUGUGCACAAUGAGGUGGCGUGUGGAUGAAUACAAGCAGCAGCAGCAGUGGUCAGUCACAGCACUGGUGUAGUGUGGAUGAAUACAAGCAACAGCAGUGGUCAGUUACACACUAGUGUUGAUGAAUACAAGCAACAACAGUGGUCAGUUAAACACUAGUGUUGAUGAAUACAAGCAACAACAGUGGUCAGUUAAACACUAGUGUUGAUGAAUACAAGCGACUCAGUGGUCAGUUACACACUAGUGUUGAUGAAUACAAGCGACUCAGUGGUCAGUUACACACUAGUGUUGAUGAAUACAAGCAACAGCAGUGGUCAGUUACUAGUGUUGAUGAAUACAAGCAACUCAUUGGUCAGUUACACACUAGUGUUGAUGAAUACAAGCAACUCAGUGAUCAGUUACACACUAGUGUUGAUGAAUACAAGCAACAGCAGUGAUCAGUUGCACACUAGUGUUGAUGAAUACAAGCAAUAACAGUGGUCAGUUAUUAGUGUGGCUGAAUAUAAGCAACAACAGUGGUCAGUUACACUAGUGUUGAUGAAUACAAACAACAACAGUGGUCAGUUACUAGUGUGGCUGAAUACAAGCAACAACAGUGGUCAGUUACUAGUGUGGCUGAAUACAAGCAACUCAGUGGUCAGUUACACACUAGUGUUGAUGAAUACAAGCAACAACAGUGGUCAGUUACACACUAGUGUUGAUGAAUACAAGCAACUCAGUGGUCAGUUACACACUAGUGUGAAUGAAUACAAGCAACAGUGGUCAGUUACAACACUUGUGUGGAUGAAUACAAGCAACAGCAGAAAACAGAGCAGGGUGUAGAUGACUGCAAGGAGCAGCAGAAGGAGAGACUGGAGAGAGGAACCACCUGAUGGGAACAGUGAUGAACAGAGAGUGAGAGUGCGGCGUUAUCGCUGGUUAAUGUGCGGAAUCAAGAAAAUGAAAAAUAAAAAGAAUAUUUUAACGGAAGAAGUUGCAAUGCUUCACCAUGCAGGAGACAACGUGGAGAGUAAUGUCAACACCUGGGAGGGGUCUGACCCGAGAUUGCAGACAUGCCGAGGGAAGUUACAAAACCGCCGCUCAAAACUCAAUCAGGAGAUCAACAAGGAACUUAUGUUGAGAGCUGGAGCUGAGAACCUCUACAAGUGAGUACUACCUCUAGGUCUUGAAGCUUAAGGCUGUCAAAGUUUUGCACACUGACAGGAUUGCUGUCAGUUUCUUUCUGUCCCAUGGACACAGUUUCAAGUCUUACAAACUUUUUACAUUCAGUAAACACUUCUUGCUUAUACAUUUAUAUACGAAUGUGCGUGAAUAUAUAGUUGAACUGUAAAUGAAAAAGAAAGAUUUAGAAAGGGUAGGAAAUGUUUGGACCAAGUGUUUGCACAUAAACAAUACACAGAUAAAUGUAAGUAUUUCUUUGUCGCAUUUAUAGAUUUAGAAAAGGUGUAUGAUAGGGUGGAUAGAAUUGCAGUGUAGUUGGUAUUGCAAAUAUACGGAAUAGUGUUAGAUUAUUGAAAGAUAUGAAGUGAUUUUAUGAGAAGAGUGAGGCUAAGGUUAGCUUAUGCAAGUGAGAUGGGAACAAUUGUCCAGCACAAUUAGACCUUAAACAGGAAUGUGGGAUUUACCGUCGUUGUUUAAUGUGUUUAUGAGGUUGUAUAAGACGCAUAUGCUGGUAAAGUGUGGCCUGCAAUUAUAGUGAAUCAUUUUUGUUGACACGUUUUUUUGGAGGAUUCGUAAGAAA